AUGAGUAUCUUAUCUGCAUUAACAUCAAUUUCAAACCCAAUGAAAUCAAGCAAUUCAAAUGUUGCAAAUGGUGGUAGUAAAUUAUCAAUGGGUGCCAAUUCAGUAGCAUGUGGUUCAUGUGGUGGUGGUAAUUCAUCAUCUGGUAUAAUUAAUAAUUCUGAUGGUUCUCAAACAACCUAUUACACCUACACUUCACCAACUUAUCAAUAUGGUUACACAUAUAGUUACGGUUCAUCCUUUUCAUCAUCAUCAUGUGGCUGUAAUUAA